GUGAUGAGCAAAAGUAAAUAAAAUAUAAAUAUUAAAUAUUUAGUUGUUCACGUUUUUGAAAAGUUUAACAAGUGUUUUAAAUUAAAUUUGUAUUUUCCAAAAUGUCUGUCGAUAAAUAUAAACGUUUGCCAAUAAGUAGCCAACCUGAGGAUGGACUGAAUCUUCUUGGGUCACUUGACAAAUUUUUCAUUGAUCAUCAAAACAACCAGUGGGAACUCUUUACAGGCAAAGAUUGUUACCCGAUUGUUGAUGUAAAUGGUAAACUUUUAGUUUUCGUUCAAAAAUUACUUGGAAGACCAGGUGUAACAAGAUUUGGUGAUUCAAAAAAUUGGAAUAGCUGGAUUUAUAAUAAUGUUGGACAAGAAGUAUUUAGACUUGAAAAAUUUAAUUUUGGUGAAGAUACUGUCCAGGUAUUUUCUGGUGCUGUUAAACUUGGCACAAUUUUAAAAAAAACUUCAUGGUGUCCAACAAUUAAUAUUUUAAAUGAUGAAGAUGUCCAUGUACUGACAUUGAAAGGACGUCUUCUUGGUCUUGAUACUCAACACAAAUUCAAGAUAUUUACAAUGGAUGACAAUGAAAUUGGAGAAAUAAAAAGAACAUUUUUAGAUGAAAAAAAAGAUUAUUUCUCAAAUGAUAAUUAUGUUGCGACAUUUCCUCUGUCACUUGAUGUUAAAUGGAAAGCUAUUUUGAUGGCUGUCAUGAUUCUCAUGGAUUUUACUUAUUCCAAAAGAUGAAAUUUUAUCAAGUUUUAUAAAUCAACGAUAAUAGAAUGUAAAUUAUUUUUAAUUUUAAUUUUUUAAACUUUUUAAAUAAUAUAAUAUUUUGCUAGAUAAAUGCAGAUGAAUGAAUGGAUAAAAAAUUCACUGUUUAAUUAUGGCCUUUUUGAUGAAAAUAUUGUUUUCCAUAAUUUUUUUUUUUUUUUUUUUUGCUUGACCGUUUAUAAAAAUUGUAAAAAUAGCUUUGAAAAAAAUCAACUAUUUAUUCAACAUUGCUAGUUGUCUUGAGGAUCAUAAUAAUAAUAAAAAAAAAAAAUAUUC